AUGUCGGCCAGGCAUCACCGCGGCCGCAAAGUCACGUCUCGCAUCUGCACGCCUCCAAAGAAGAGGAGGCUUGGCGUCUCUGCCAUCGCAGAGGACGAACGCGGCACGGCUGUGCCGCUCUCCCUGUUCAACAUGCCCAUCAGCUCCACCAUUCAUACCCCCGAAACUAUGUUACCGAACGGCACAAUCUGCAUUGUCAAAGAACCUUUUCUCAAGGCCAAGAAGAAGGAAGCCGGGUUCCCGACGCCUGGAAGCAGCCUGAAAUCAGAUCCAGUGAGGAGCUUCCUCAACAAGGCAACGAUGACGUGCCCCGAGAUCUGGCGGCUGCUCUUCCCACGCCUCAAGCACCUCCACUUCGCCGCCUCCAGAGGGACGCUGCCCCUCGGCCCCAUGGCCUUCGUCGACGUCCUCGUCGGCACGCUGCGCGCCAUGUCCUUUGACGUCGACUACUCGCGCAACGACUUCGCCAUCCGCAGGUGGGGCAUGAAGCUACACGCCGAGUACGAGUUCCUCAACCCGCGCGUGUGCCUCGCGAUCCGGGAGUACGCCCGCGUCGCUUUCCGCGUCUUGGUGGGCGAGGACGAGACGUUUAACAAGUGCUUCCCUAGAUUCAAACAUCCCGCGUAA